ACCGGCAACACGCGCCCCAUAAAUAAUAAAUAUUUCCCAGAUAAUAAUGACUGUUUCAGUUUUAAACUGAAUUGGAUUUGUGACUUUUGUGCCCUAUGAUAGUGAACUAGUGGUACUAUAGCUUGUGUGUGAGGAGUUAUGGGUUCAAAUAUAAUAACGAGAGCGCUGGUGUUAGCGCUGUCAUGCGCUUACGCAGCGGGCGGUACGGCGCUGGCGGCGGCGGCAGGCGAUGAUGACUGUGCGCUCUACUUGACCGGUCCCGGCCGCUCUUCGGCUUACGACUACAGCCUCAAUCUACUUAAAGGCAAUUUCGGCUACGAUGGUCAACACACUUGUAUAACUUACGACGCGAUCAACCAAGCGUACAUCGAGGCAAGGCAGAGAAUUGUUGUGUCGCAGCCAAAAGGUGAAUGGAAGCCGGAAGAUUUCGCCAGUGUGGGCGAACUCAUCCUCGAUAUCUCCAUAAAUUUGGCUAGAAUAUACGGUCUAACCUACGAAGAAAUCGAAAAGGGCCUACCACUCAUUGACACAUCUAGGACUCUGAUUCGUGAAGUUUGUCCACCGGUGUUUUCCCACGUCGAGUGUCGUGCCGGCAAGUACAGACGUUUGGAUGGUCUAUGCAAUAAUUUGCAAAAACCGACUUGGGGCGCUACUAAUGCUCCUUUCCAGAGAUUGAUCGGCCCCUUAUUCGCCGAUGGCAUCAACGCCCCUCGAAUCGCGCACACCGGCCGAGACCUUCCCUUGUCCCGUGUGGUCUCCCGAACCAUGCAUCCCGAUGAAGGCUUUCACGACCACGCUGGUACUGUCAUGGUCAUCGCCUGGGGACAGUUUAUGGACCACGAUUACACUCUUACCGGAACUCCUCUUGAUCCAAUUAACCGCAAUGACCCUGAAGAAUGCUGUAAACGUCCUCCGCAUCUGAAACACCCGUAUUGCAACGAGAUAAGAAUACCCGACGAUGACUACUUCUACCGUCUUUUUGGAGUUAAAUGCAUCGACUUUGUGAGAGGGUUCCCCUCGCCGAGACCCGGCUGCCGUCUGGGGUCCAGGGUUCCGUUCAACACGCUGACAGGAGCUCUCGAUGGGAACACUGUUUAUGGUGUCACCGAUAAGUUUGCCAGAAAACUACGUACCGGUUACGGCGGUCUUCUGCGAAUGAACCCCGUGUUCAAGGAGUACGGACUGAAGGACCUGUUGCCACUCAAGCUUGAUAUUCCCGACGAAGGUUGCACGAGGCCCAACAAGAACAUGUACUGCUUUGAAGCUGGUGAAAUCCGAGUGAACGAGCAGUUGGUCCUGGCAGUGAUGCACAUUCUAAUGGCUCGGGAACACAAUCGCAUAGCCAACGGUCUGGCAGCCGUCAACCUGCACUGGGACGACGAGACCCUGUACCAAGAAGCCCGUCGCAUUAAUAUUGCUGAGAUUCAACAUAUUACGUACAAUGAGUUCCUGCCUAUCCUGCUUGGAAAAGACGUGAUGGACAAAUUCGGUUUGGUGCUCCAAAAAGAGGGAUACUGGGACGGAUACGACCCGAAUGUUAAUCCCGACGUGAUCGACGCUUUCGCCGCAGCCGCCUAUCGUUUCGGACACUCUCUGCUACCCACUGCCGUAGAAAGAUGGUCCAAGGCUCACAAAUUUAUUGCAUCGAAGCGAUUGUCAGACCUGAUCCGAAGACCGUACGACUUAUAUCGCGCUGGCGUUCUAGACGAAUACGUGAUGGGUCUCAUGAACCAAGUGGCACAGGCUAUGGACGACUCGAUCACUCAGGAAGUAACUAACCAUCUCUUUAAGAAGGUUGGUGCCCGGUUUGGCAUGGACCUUGUGUCUUUCAACAUGCAACGAGGAAGGGAGUUCGGACUGCCAGGUUACAUGGAGUUCAGAAAGUUCUGCGGACUUUCCGGUGCUAAUACCUUCCAAGAUCUAUUCGGUUCAAUGUCGAACGACACUAUCCGUAAAUACGAAAGUAUCUUUGAGCAUCCCAUUGACGUCGACUUGUGGUCCGGUGGUGUAUCCGAGCGGCCUCUGCCGGGGUCUAUGCUGGGGCCUACUUUUGCUUGCAUUAUUGCUACACAGUUCUCUUAUUCAAGGCGUGGCGAUAGAUUUUGGUAUGAACUGCCAAACCAGCCAUCAUCUUUCACACCAGAACAACUUGUGGAGGUGAAAAAGGCGCGACUUGCGAGAAUAAUUUGCGACAACACAGACAUCAUAGACACAGUACAGCUCUACCCCAUGGUGUUGCCUGACCACGAACUCAACCCCAGAGUACCAUGCAGAAGUGGUAUAAUUCCGUCAAUAGACUUCAGCAAAUGGGCGGAGCCGGGGCCUAACCCCUUCCACAGCGGUGCUAAGCAGUUUGUGAGUAGAUUCGACUAUGACCCCUUCUUAGGCAAGAAGUAGCACACAAUGCAAGUAGCUUGAUCUAAACAUCAUUGACCUAUUUACACAGGGUAUUUUCCAUUGGUCCAAAACCUUUUAACACAGCUUUGCUAUUAUUAAGACAAAACACUUUUGUCCUACGUCGUGAAACAAUAGCAGAUUGUACAACAAGGGCAUAAAAC